CUUAUGUUGAAGGUGUUGAUAAUGAGUGCAUCAGCCAACAAACUUUCGGCUUUCAAGAAACAAGCGGGAACAUAUGCAGCUCUAAUCAUGGAAAGACUCGACCCUGACCAGCACGGCCACAUAGAGGUAAUUAUAUCCUAAUAACUAUAUAGUUGAUGAUCAACUUACUACUUAUAUUUUUAUAUAAUUUUAAAACAUCUAAUAAUCAUAUUCAUUUAAUUAAUUUGAUUAUCUAACAGAUGUGGCAACUUGAGACAUUGUUAAAAAGCACGACAUCUAAGGAAACAUGCAAGUUAACCGCUGAGGACACGACUGAUCUAGCAAAAACGAUGAUUCCAGAAGAUUACAGAAACCCCAUGAGAAAAUUCUGUACAAAAAUGUUUGAAUCAGGGCUCGAACAUUGGAAAGUAAUGUGGGUAUUAUUUCUCUUUUGGGAAAUGAACAUCGCACUGUUCAUGUGGAAAUUCCACCAGUAUAACUUGAUGCCAUCGUUUCAAGUCCUGGGAUAUUGCAGCUGCACUGCAAAAGGCGCGGGUGAAACCCUAAAGUUCAAUAUGGCUCUCAUUCUCCUUCCUGUAUGCAGAAGAACACUUACAUCCAUUCGAGAAACUUUCCUUGGAAAAUUACUACCUGUUGAUGAGAACAUCAACUUCCAUAAAAUCAUCGCCCUUGCAAUUGUAAUAGGGAGUGUGGUUCACACAGUGGCCCACUUGUCGUGCAAUUUUAUAAGGCUGUCGACUUGCCCUAAUAACCAGUUCAUGGCUGUUUUUGGAGCUUUGUUUACAGAACAGCCAACUUACAUGGACCUAUUGUUAAGCAUCCCCGGGUGGACUGGAAUUGUAAUGAUGAUUUUAAUGGCUAUUUCCUUCCUCUUCGCUACAAGUUCUUUUAGGAGAAAUGUCAAUAAUUUGCCUAGGCCAUUUAGUGAUUUGGCUGGGUUUACUUCCUUUUGGUACACUCAUCAUCUGCUGAUUAUCGUUUACUUCUUGUUCAUCGCUCAUGGCUACUUCUUAAUCCUCACCGUAGGAUGGUAUAGGAAAACUACGUGGAUGUAUCUCUUGAUUCCAAUGGUGUGUUAUGCUAGUGAAAGAAUCCUUACAACUGAUCAUACACUGAAAGUUGAUACCAUUAAGGCUAUCAUAUACACGGGAAAUGUGCUAGCAUUAUACAUGACUAAACCUACAGGAUUCAAGUACAAGAGUGGAAUGUACCUCUUUGUACAAUGUCCAAGAAUAUCACGUUUUGAAUGGCAUCCGUUCACUAUCACUUCUGCACCUGGAGAUGACUACUUAAGUGUGCAUAUUCGUACUUUGGGAGACUGGACAAAAGCACUUAGAGAAGAAUUCGCAAAGGCCAGCUGUGAGGCUCAGCAGAAGAACAGUGUAGAAGGAAAUCUUGUCAGAAUCGAAACUAAUGCCAAAGAAUCACAAGUAAAGUAUCCUAAAAUCUACAUUAAAGGACCUUAUGGAGCACCAGCUCAACAUUAUAGGAAUUACCAAGUCCUGUUACUUAUUGGCUUGGGUAUUGGAGCCACUCCAUUCAUCAGUAUUUUAAACGACCUCCUACACCACCUAAAACAAUCGAGAUUGGGGGAUUUUAAUCUGAAUAAAAGAGCUUACUUUUAUUGGGUAACAAGGGAGCAAGGCUCUUUCGAAUGGUUCAAAGGUGUAAUGGAUGAUAUUGCAGAAAAUGAUCACAAUAACAUAAUUGAAAUGCAUAACUACCUAACGAGUGUGUAUGAACAAGGUGACGUGAGAUCUGCACUUAUUUCUAUGGUGCAGUCUCUGCAACUUGCUAAAGAUGGAGUUGAUGUUGUCUCUCAGAGUAAGAUUAAAACACAUUUUGCAAGACCUAACUGGAGAAAGUGUCGGGCUCUAUUGGGAAAAUGGUCUCAUAGAUUCUCAAUAAUGCGUCCAAUGAAAAGAAAAAGAACUUGA